AGAACAGUGCCAUCUUUAGCACAGUGACUAGCUCGACCCGCGCAGUUGCGAGCAGUUCCUUGCAUCCAAUAUGGCAGGUCGAGGUGGUUACGUUGAUCCGAGAGAUUAUGGUGUCAAUUAUAGAAGUAGAAAACCAUUGCCUACUGAACCACCAUAUACUGCUUUCGUAGGAAAUUUGCCCAAUGGAAUUGUUCAAGGAGAUGUCGAUAAAAUAUUUAAACAGCUUAACGUUAAAGGGGUCAGAUUGGUGAAGGACAGAGAAACUGAUAGAUUUAAGGGAUUUUGUUAUGUCGAGUUUGAAGAUUUGUCUGAUUUGGAAGCAGCCUUGGACUUGGAUGGAUCUGUAGAUGUAGAAGGAAGUAUAAUCAAAAUUGAUGUAGCCGAGGGUAAAAGAAAUGAUCGAGGAGGUGGCUUCGACAGAAGAGGAAGAGGAGGACAUAAUAGCAACAGUGGCUUCAGAGGCCGAGAAGGUGGCCAUAGUAGAUUUAGCGGAGAUGAUUUUGGUAGCAAAUCUAUCUAUACGAGAUAUAAUGACAGAGGACCAGGUGGUGGCGGUGGAGGUAGGCAAGGAAGUGGGUGGGAUUCGAGAAAUAACAGAGGCAAUUAUGGUCAGUUUAAUGAUGACUCUAGUGGAGGUAGCAGGGAAUGGUCACGUACAGCAUCAAGAUCGUACAGUGGUAGACCAAUGUCACGUGGAAUGGGAUCUGAUUAUAAACCAUUUAAUGAUGAAUCAGAUCUUAAGGACCCAUCCGCAGGUACAAGCCGUAGAAAACGUUUGGUGCUGGCACCAAGAUCAAUUCCAGAUCCUGUAAAUGCUAUUGCUGAAUCGAGUAAAUCAAGUUCAAUUUAUGGGGGUGCUAAGCCUCGGGAAGAAAAAUUAAAAGCUAAUGAAGUCGAGUAAAAUAUAAACUAAUUAACAUCUUAGUUUCCACUUUCUUAAUUAUGGAGGAAGAAAUUUCCCAAUAAAAAAACAAUAUUUCAAAAACCAA